CUGGACAUGGCGCAAGGCUCCACAACGCUCAAGAAGAAGAACGUGAAGAACGCGGCGGCAAAGCCGAACAAGGCCAAGGUCGAGUACCGACACAAGCUCAACUCGGCCAAGAAGUUCACUAAGGUGGGCAAUGCCACCACGGAAGUGCGUCGUGGAUGCAACGGGUUCAAGCGACGUGGUGAUGCCUCAGUGACUGGAUUCAUCAACCGCAACAUUGAAGAGCUCAUGGCGGCGCGAGUCCUACAAACUGGGUCGUCGCUUGCGCUAAAGGACAUCCGCAGUGUCGCAAAGGAACGCCUCAAGGAAGUCAACAAGAAUGCACGAACCAAGAAGCGCAGCCGCGUUGAGGAGAAGUUGGCCGAGGUCGAAAAGGCCAUCAAGGAAGCAGAAAUGGGGCCCAAUUAGAUCGUCUACCUUUUCCAAGUGCGACGUCUUAUAAUUUAGUCCAAAAGCUAUCGAUUAUCGUCCAUGCGUUGCACUGGCG